UGUGAAAAUGGAUCAUGAGGAGAAAGGGUGUACAACUCCGAGGAACCACGAGUAUCAGAUUCCGGCGGUGCUGGUCUGCCCUCCGCCGCCUAGGAAGAAGAAUGAUCGCCGCACAAAACGUGAGCCGCCGAGGAACGGAUACUUCCAGUCACCGGAGCUCGAUAAAUUCCUCUGCGACGCUGCUCAAAGCAGACAGGCUUGGGCUUAGUUAGUUAGGAUAUAUUAAUUAUAUUGUUAGAUUAAUUAGUUCUCCGCUCUGUUAGUAUAUAUGCAUAGGAACUUGUUCUUGUGUCUUUUGUUCUUUCUUCUUUAGGUUAAAUUUUAGCACCUGCUGCAGUCAUGUAAUGAAUGGUUUUGGAUAUCUUAGGUUUUAUACAACAUGUUUCUUUAAUUUGCUUUUGUUUAUUCACUUUUGAUUAGAUUUUGGUCAAUUUUCUUGAUUUUGUGAUUUAAUUGUUUUGAGAAAUCAGCAACUCUGAUUAUCUGUGAUCAACAUUAGUGAAGAGAUGGAUAGUCCAUUAUGUUUUUUAUAAUAUUUUUUUUCAA